AACCGCGUUUGAAUCUUCUUUUUUUUCCCCUCACUUCGUCUCCUCCUCCUCUUGCCUGCCAGCGGCUGCUGUGCAGUCACAUCUAUCUAAAAUGGCGACCGUGGAACCGGAAACCACAUCUAAUACUGAAGCUACGGAAGAGGAAAAGGCAUUGAUUAGUCAGGAAAUUGCAAACCCUGAGCACUACAUAAAGCAUCCACUACAAAACAGAUGGGCCCUUUGGUUCUUUAAAAAUGACAAAAGCAAAACCUGGCAAGCUAACCUUCGUCUUAUUUCAAAGUUCGACACUGUUGAAGAUUUUUGGGCGUUAUAUAAUCAUAUCCAGUUGUCUAGUAACUUAAUGUCUGGAUGUGACUACUCUCUCUUUAAGGAUGGUAUUGAACCCAUGUGGGAAGAUGAAAAGAAUAAACGUGGAGGAAGAUGGCUAAUUACUCUUAACAAGCAACAAAGGAGAAACGACUUAGAUCGCUUUUGGUUAGAAACGCUCAUGUGCCUUAUCGGGGAAUCGUUUGAUGAACACAGCGAGGAUGUAUGUGGAGCUGUUGUAAAUGUUAGAGCAAAAGGAGAUAAAAUAGCAAUCUGGACUACUGAAUGUGAAAACAGGGACGCUGUUACACAUAUAGGGAAGGUGUACAAGGAAAGGUUAGGACUUCCUCCGAAAGCAGUCCUUGGUUAUCAGUCCCAUGCAGACACGGCUACUAAGAGCGGCUCCACCACUAAGAAUCGAUUUGUUGUUUAAGAAGACGCCUUCUGAGUAUUCUUUCAUAGCAGACUGCGUCAAGCAAUCGCGACUUGGGAGCUGUACCAAAGCCUCUACAAAAGCAGAGUGGACUGCAUCUAAAUUUGAUAUCCACCUAAAUAUUGCUAAGAUUUGUGAAAAGUCAUUUGCCUUUCUGUCUUGUGCUAUGUUCAAAAAUCCCUUGCCCAUUUUUUUUUUUUGUACGAUUAAGUUAUCCAAUCAAAACAUUUCAAUAAGAAAAUGUCUGCCCCCCCCACCAAGGAUCCUAAAUUGCUGCCCAAGGUAUUUGUAAUAGCUUUUUCUUUUUUAAAUAACUAUUAAAGAAAUAUUUAUCCAGAACGUGCACUUGCAUCAUCCGUAGGGAAAGGAAUCAAUAUAUUUGCAUUGUAUGCAGUUACAAUAGUUUUCUGAUUUGCAAGGCGGAGGAUUAAAAUGCAUUCAAACUUCUCUAGUGAUUCAUGGUUUUGUUUUUUUUUUUUGCUUUUUUUUUGCUUUUUUUUCUCCAUUAUUUUAACAGCAUUGUUCUGGCUGUAUUUUGUGCUGAUGGCUGCUAGGUUUAAUUUAUUUGUUUCCCUCCUUGGUAACAUUUAGUGAUAUUCUGAUUUAAAAAAUUUUUUUUUAGCUCAUGUAACAUUGGUGGUGGAUCUGGGGAAAAGCAAAUGGGUUAAAUAAAAGUGUUAUUUUGUGCGUAUAGAAACAUUCUUCUUUUAUAUAUCAUUUUUUUGUAUUAAAAUUACAAAGCUUUGUUGCAAGUUUAUGCAUUUCAGUAGAAGCAGUUACCUAUUUCUGUGAUUUCUUAAACAUAAUUGUAGGGGUUUUUUUAUGUACACCAUAACAUUCCUUACUAGACAAUUUUUUUGCAAUAUUUUAACACUUUGUAUUAGACGAUAAUUAUGGUUAAAUUAGCUCAAGUAACAGCAGUCACCAUUCAUAUUAAGACAGUGUAUAAAACUGUAAAUAAAAUGUGUACAGUCAAUUGUCUUUUAGACAACUAGAUUUGUCCUUUUUUUUUUCUCAUUCCCUAUAAGGGGAGUUUUCUGCUCCCUCCAAUAUAAUGCUACGAGGGCACAUCUUUAAAAUGUUGUAAUAAGACAUUGUAUACAAAAAAAAACACCUGUUUAUGCUGUCUGGUACAAGAAUACCUUCUGAAAGUAUUACACACUUGUUGUUAAUGUUGACCAUGUUGUAUAAUUCAUCAGCCAUUUAAGUUAACUAUGGUUCUUAAAGGUUUGUUACUGGCAUGGUGGUAGGACCCCCUAGAUUUAGUUCACUAUUUGUGACCGCAAGGUUCAAGUGGAACGGACCAGAAGAUUGUUAGGAUGCUUUCUAUAACAAGCAUUCUCCUUUUAUUUUACUGUCUACUUUCCGGAAUAAUCCAGCCUAUUGCAUAGGUGUGCUAGCAUAUUAACCCCGUGUAUGCUCUACUUCAAAAUAUUGAAUUUGGGCAAUAUAGAAAAGUUAAUGCAAUUUUAUUUUUUAAAACUAAAUGUAUUCAUAUGGGUGACAGUGUAAAUGUGCAUUUUAUGUCACUGUUUUUAGGUGCAUGUAUAAACAAUAACACCGCAUCUGCAAACUUCA